CCAGUGCACUGUACGUUGGCAAUCAAUUUAUCUGUUAUCGAAACCGGUACUUGCGCAACCUCCGCUUGCCCCCCUGUGAUGGAGUGCCGGAAUCCCGUUCGGUUCGUGAGUGGCAUAGAAGAGGUUCGUCAACGUUUUGGUCGAGGCGGUGUUGAAGGAAUCUGCCUUUACUCAUUCGCUUCGAUUUUCCUGCCUUCGACUUCCAUCUCUUCCGUGCUCUUCGCUGUGGAGGUGGGGGAGGCGCAUCGCGAGUCAUCGAACGUCCGCCGAUAUCCUGUAUCCAUCCGAACCAACCUCUUCUGGUUAAGGUGGGCGGCGGUUCCUCAAUUCAAUGUCGCAGGAUUCGUCAGGAGGCGCUCCGACCAAGACACGAGGUGUUCUCGGCGAUAGAAGAACAUCGCAUAAAAGGACACAGCUGUUAGGCCCGGACGCUGUCGCAGCAGUAGGCUCAGAAGCGUCUUCUACAUCGUGGGGCUUAGUGAGUUUCGCGCCGACACUUCAGUCUCUCAACCUCUUCCCCAACGGAACACCAUGACCCCCGCUCUUCCCGAACAGCCUGAAGUCUAUCAUAGGGUCAUCACAUUCUUCGGCGUCAAGAUAGUAAUGCCAGACGAGCUUGGCAUGGAAUUACGGUACAUUGCUGUGUAGCAAGGUUGCGCCUAUUCUCGUGGAAGCCCGAUUCUGCAGAAAACAAAGAUUUUUCUGAAUUCUAGCUCGGUUUACUCAUCAGUCACUUCUCAAG